CUUUUACGAAUUCCUUUACACCAGCCUCUUCUAAGGUCGCUCUUUCAAACUGGUUUUCCCAGAAUCUUCACUGAAUUACCAUUCUUUAUUUACUAAUAAAAUUAAGUUCCUGAUUCGAAAGAGCCGCUGUCGAGUGGUCGCACUAUGUCUAGGUCGUGUCUACUAGUGGUGUUUGUUUAGUUCUUGGUAUUUGUGUUGUGUUAAACUAUGGAAUCUACUACUGAUCUAGUUACUCAGUCCAUUGCGGACUUGACCGCGGACAAAACGAAAAAGAAAAAGACUAUCAGAGAGCGGAUUUCUUACGUAAAGGAAGUGAUUACGGUCGAGCCAUUGAUUGCCUCCUACGUUUUGUCCGCGAUUUUGGUAAAACCUGCUUUGCUGGUGUUGGAAUAUGAUAAAGCCUGCAGGGCCAAUUUGGGCUUGAAUGAGACUGUUUGCGACAACAUUGUAAACAGCGAUGAUACAAUAUACUUGAACGAAACCGAGCAAAUCCAGCUACUGAUCAGCGAUGUGCAUUCUUGGCAGCUUCCCAUUCAAAGUGUGAUGCCUUUGAUUCUGGUGCUCUUCCUCGGCUCCUACAGCGAUCGGCACCAAUGGAGAAAGCCUUUUUUGCUCUUGCCAUUGAUAGGAGAGCUUUUUGCAGUAGCUGGAUGCAUUAUCUCAGUGCUACUUAUGGACACUUGGUCUCUAGAGGUGCAAGGCGUGGUGCAAACAGUGGUACCUUCCUUCUUCGGCGGCCAAACUAUGCUUACCAUGGCAGUUUUCGCAUAUAUUGCCGAUGUUAGUACAUUGGAAAUGAGGACACUUCGUGUAGGCAUAGUUCAGAUAGUCAUAAAUGCAUGUGUUCCAACCGUGCAAUCCUUCAGCGCUGUUCUGUUCACUUCAAUUGGAUACAUCGGAGUUUUGAUAAUUGCCGGGUUUCUAUAUUUAAGCGGUAUAAUUUACGGUUUUUUCUGCAUAAAAGAGCCGAAAAAACCGAUUAAGGAGUCUAAGAAAAAUUUCCUGCUGGAUAUUUUCGAUACAAGGCACGCCAUCGAUACUUUUAAGCUGAUACUGAAGAAAAGCCCUGGGAACGAUCGGCUUUUUAUUGUGCUCUUACUGCUGGGGAUGUUUGUCUACACUUUGGUCAAUGUGGGGGAAGACAGUGUGUUUUUUCUCUACACCAGAGGGUUUUUGAAUUGGAGUAUUGUGCAGUAUACUUCGUUCUUAACCGCCAACACUCUCAUCCAUUUAGUGGGAACAAUUAUAGCAGUGCCAUUAUUUACAAAAUUCCUCAAACUGCACGAUUUGGUCAUACUGUUGCUAUCGUUUCUGGAUAAAAUUGUGUGCAACAUAUUCUUCGGAAUUGCCCAAGACAGCGUUCUGAUGUAUGUCGGAGCCGCUGUUAGUUUGAUAACAGGCGUUACUUCAAUAUCUUUGCGCUCAUUAGCGACUAAAGUCGUAUCUGAGAACGAUCUAGGUAAGGCUCAGUCUCUAUUUGGGAUAGUCGAAGCGAUCGGCCCAGCAGUGGCAGCCCCUGUAUAUAAUGUGGGAAUCUAUAGUCACACCUACGAAACGUUACCGUCUGCAUUCUUCUACUUUAGUGCCAUCGUCUAUGCUGUCUAUGUCCUGAUAAUCAUAUGGAUGUACAUUCGAGAUAAAGCAAAAAAUAAGCAAUCUAAGGCAACCAAUGGUACCACCACUAGCAACGGGGUGCAGAACAACGGCGCUGUCUUUGAAAAGCCGAUUCAAAUGGAAGACAUUCAAGUUACGCACAUGCACAGUUUUCAUACGCAUUAUUUUCACUCUCGUAAUAAUCCAGCUAGUUUUCUCUCGUGUGCCUGUUGUCCCAUAUUCGAUUUUACUGUUUGGCCCAAUUGGAAGUCGAUAAUGUAUCCGGAUAGCGAAAAAAAUGCCCAAGAAACGUUUAAGGACACUAUCAAACGCCUUAAGAAAGUCGUAACAGUGGAACCGCUUAUUGCAUUCUAUCAAAUGGCGCUGUUCAUAUCAAAACCAGCUCUCGAUAAUUUGGAAUUUGAAAAAGCCUGCAGAGUAAAUUUGAACUUCAACAGCUCGGUAUGUGAUUCCAUACUAAAUGGUAAUCACAGCCAUUACUCUAGUGAAAACGAAGAAAUCCAGAAGAUAAUCAUCAGCAUGCAUUCCUGGCAACAGCCGCUCCAGAGCUUCAGUCCACUAAUUCUAGUGCUAUUUCUGGGCUCUUUUAGCGAUAGGCAUAAGUGGCGAAAGCCCUUUUUCCUGGUACCGAUAGUUGGAGAAUUAAGCGGACUAGUCGGUUGCAUCCUGUGCGUGAUAUUCAAGAAGCAAUUGCCUUUGGAGGCCCAGGGAAUCUCGCAAAAAGUGAUUCCGUCGUUUUUCGGCGGGCAAACCAUGCUCGCGAUGGCCACCACAGCUUAUAUAGCGGAUAUAAGUACAAUUGAAAUGCGAACUUUGCGUCUAGGUAUAGUGCAAAUUGUGAUCAGUGUAGUAUUGCCGUUUGUUCAGUCUUUCAGUGGGAUAUUUUUUGUCAAAGUUGGAUACCUGAGUGUUUUGGGUACUUCCACAUCUUUGUAUCUCCUAGCGUUGCUGUAUGGGGUCUUGUGGAUUAAGGAGACACGAAAGGACAGAACGAAGACCAGUGAAAGAUGUAUUUUGGCUGAUAUGUUUGACCCCAAGCACGCGAAAGAAACCUUCAACUUACUUGUGAAGAAAAGCGCGGAAAAUGAUAGAUUUUUAAUUUGGAUUCUGGUGCUAAUGGUUUUUCUAUAUCGAGCAGCAUUUGAUGGCGAGAGCAACGUUUUAUAUUUAUAUACUCAAAGCGUUUUUCAAUGGACUCCGCUGGAAUACAGCUACUUCCUAACAGUGAACUCCUUGGUGGCUUUGGCUGGACAUCUAUUCGGAGUGCCCUUAUUUACGCGAGUUCUGCACUUGAGUGAUUCAGUUAUUUUACUGAUAGCUAUAAUAGACAAGAUUGUGACGAAUUUAUUUUUUGGGCUGGCAACUGGCCCUCGUGUCUUUUACGCCGGAGUGGCUGUUAGCAUAGUGACGAGAGUUUACAGGACAGCAAAGAAAUCCAUAGCCACGAAAAUAGUGAGCAAAAACGAUGUGGGGAAAGCUCAGUCGCUAUUAGGAAUAUGCGAUGUUUUGGCUCCUGCGCUUUUUGUCCCCAUUUACAACAAAAUAAUUUACAUGGAAACCUUCCACAGUUUUCCUGCAGCCUUUUUCUUUUGCAGCAUCCUGCUUUAUGGCAUCAGCUGUAUUUUUAUCAUAAUCAUGUAUGUGCGACUCAACAGGAAGACAAACUCAGAAGUUUUAACUCCUGAUAGUCCAGACAAAACCAACAUAGGAUCAGGAACUACACACCUAUAACCGUUGUAUGAGGAGGAUUUUCAGCUCCUAAUAGCGUCUAAACCACUCUGUGAUAUACAUAUUUAUUUACAAUUAUACUAGGUAUACCAGAAAA